UUCAAAAAUAAAUAAAUAAAUAUUAAAUAUUAAAUAUUAAAUAUUUUCUUCUCUUUUCUUCUUUCUACACCUUACACUUAAAAACACACAAUUUCACUCGACAAAGGGAAAAAUCAAAACAAACCCAAACCAAAAAACCCUAAGUGAAAAUGGCGAGUUCAGUGGAGAAGGAGGGUUCUGCUUCUAAAGCUGCAUCUGCAGUUGAGGAGCCUGUUUCUUUGGAGCUUCCAGCUCCAUCUGGUUGGACGAAAAAGUUCUUUCCAAAAAAGUCUGGAACUCCAAAGAAAAAUGAGAUUGUGUUCACUGCACCAACAGGAGAGGAGAUCCAUAACAAGAGGCAGCUGGAUAAGUAUUUGAAAGCAAACCCCGGUGGCCCAAACAUCUCAGAAUUCGAUUGGGGCACUGGGGAGACUCCAAGAAGAUCAUCAAGAAUCAGUGAGAAGGUCAAGGCAUCUCCUCCAUUAGAACCAAAAAGUGAGCCCUCUAAGAAGCGUUACAAAAAGUCAGCUUCAAAGAAAGAAGCUUCUGAGGAUGAAGAGGAGACAAAAGAUGUGGAAAUGCAAGAAGCCGAUGAAACUAAGGAUGAUAAAGAUUUAGAGCAGGAAAAGAAAGUUGUUAACGAAGAACAAGGUGAUAAGGGACCGGAGGGUGCAGAUGUCAAAGAGUCCAUUCAACCUGGUGAGAAUACUGAUAUAGCAAAAGAUGAGGGGAAGUCCGACACUGCCGAUGGAGAGUUACAAGCAUCCAAAGAGAAAAUUGAUGACAAAGGAGCUGAGGGGUCUGAAGCUGUUCAGAAUAAGGAUGAAGAAAUGAUUGAACAACCACAGCCACAGGAGGAGCCAAAGCAAGCUGUUCAGAGUAAGGAGGAAGAAAAGAUUGAACAACCACAGGAGGAGACGAACCAAGUUGUUCAGAAUGAGGAAGAAAAGAUUGAACAACCACAGGAGGAGACAAACCAUGCUGUUCAGAUCGAGGAAGAAAAGAUUGAACAACCACAGCCACAAGAGGAGGCAAAGCAAGCUGUUCAGAAUAAUGAUGAAGAAAAGAUUGAACAACCACAGGAGGAGACGAAGCAAGCUGUUCAGAGCAAGGAUGAAGAAAAGAUCGAACAACCACACGAGGAGACAAAACAAGAUGGUGGAUCUGGGGAAGCAGAGAAACCAGAAGCUGCCCUUAAUGCUGAGAAACCAGCUGAAUUUGAAGGGGAAAAUAAAGAGGAAGAUAACAGAAUCGCUCAAGAGGCUGAAGGAAAUAUCAAGGAGAAAGAAGCUACAAAAGUGCACGGUGAAGAAAAUUACAAGAUUCAUGAUAUGAACAAGACUGAGUCAGAGGUGACCGUGAAUGGAAGCUGAAUUGUUGAGACCAGAGAACUUGAACAAGGAAUAGAAUAAACUCUUGGCUUCUAUCUUCUGUCACUGUGAUGCCUUUAGAUCUGUCCGAGGAUGACUGUAGUUUUUGUUGUUGUUAUUUAUCUGAUUGUUCAUUGAAAUGACUAUAGACAAUCAUAGAGUUAGCCCUAUAAUGUACUACUAUCUAUCUAUGUUCUGGAGAGACAUGUAGCUUCUAGUUCCCAUGUAACAUUUGUAUUGUAUGAUACCUGUAAUCUUAUGUGAGACCUUGAUUUUAAAUA